AUGAUUUUAUAAAAAAGAGAAAAGUUUAGAUUUAGUAUUAGAAGAGAAGCUUUAGAAAAUCACUUUAAAUUGGCUCGAGAAAAAGCCCAUAAGAAUAAUGGCAACUGUUAAUUAAUACAAAAGUAUGAAUAAUUAAUACAAGCUAAUGUAAUUGAUUCUGAUUUUUUUAAUGAAUCUAUCCUUCUUCUAGAUAGUACAAAUGAUGAAGAUCUUAUCGUCAUCAUUCUUAGGUAUAUUGAGAAAUUUGAUUUCUCAAAUCAAUCUUUUUAGUUAUCUGAUACACUAAUUAAAUAGUUAAAUAACACUAAAAUUAAUAGAUUAUAAUUUUAUGUAAACAACUUACUAAUAUUUAGCUUAUUGUUUCUAUCACUAAUAUUUUAUCAAUAUAAAAUUUAGAAAUAUUUGCACAAUAUAUUUCAUUGAAAUUAAUGUUUUAAGUUUCAAAAAUUCUUGAAAAUUUUUAAGAAUUUGAUAUCAUUCCUAAUUUAUUAGAGUGCAUAUCAUCAUGGCCUUAUCAAUUUAUUAAAAUGAAUACUGACUAAGAUUAACUAUAAUUGCUAUAAUCUAUCUAAGCUAUUAAACAAUAUGAUUAUUUAAACUUUUAUAAGUUUCUUAUUAAAAUUACAGAAGAAAUUUAAGACAAUGAAUGUUUAUUCGGAUAUCUUAUUAAGAAUCAAUACAUUCAAGAUGCUAUAGAAGAUUUUAAAGAAAACAAAGUCUAUGUUCUUGACUUUUUUAUUAAUCUAUCUUUUUUGGAUUCAGAAUAAUUGUUGUAGAUAAUAUCAUACUAAUUCUUAUCACCCAUAAUUUUUGAAUUAAAUAAGGAUAAUAAAAUAUAAGGAGGAUUAUAUAUUCUAAUUCGAAAUCUACUUUUGUCUAGUUAUUCAAUUAGAUUAUAUUUCUAUGAUUUUAGAAUAUAUUAACACCUUUCUUAUGGAAUAUAAUAUUGUUUAGAUAGAUUAGAUAUAAAUAAUUUAGAAGAAGUAGAUUUCUGAUUUAUUUUAGAUAUUGAUGUGCGUAAAAUCAGCUCUAUAAUAGGAGGAAAUUUCUUAUGCAAGUACUAAAUAAUAGAUACUUUCAUCUGAAAUUGAGCUUAUGUUGUAAAAUAUAUUCAUAUCUUUGGAGAAUUAAAAAGAUAUUUUCCUUUUGGCUGGAGAAAUAUUGUUUAUUUUUUAUACUGAAUUUCACUUCAAUAGAAAUUAAUAAUUUAAAGAUCGACUAAAAACAUUAAAUUUAGAAACGGAAAUAUUUGA